AAUAAUCUCAUAUACCAAUAGUUCAUCACAAAAUAACAAUCAAACACGCUUUGGUUUUACACAUAUAUUUUGGAAAAAACAAAACAUGAAAUAUUCUUAAUACUUUUGAAUGGAGGGACUAAUUACCAGCUAUCAGUCUCCUAGAGGAAAAAAAUGAUUAUUUGAUGUUAUAGAGAUUACCACUUUGAUUAUGCAUGUGAUUUGCCAUUUUACAGAUUAUCUCUUUUACGCAUGAUCCGACCCAAAAUCUGAGGUGAAAGCGAUGGAGAGGAGUACGUUCUCUGAGCUUCAUCAAGCAAAUUCCGCCAUAAAAAACCGCGCGGCGCCACGUCGCGCGCGUCAUUGGCAACAACUGGGCUCGGCAAUGGCCGGCCGGAGCGGCGAGAACGGCGGCGCCGGCGGCGGCGACCUGUCGGAGCCUCUGCUCGGCAAGGAGGCGCCUCGCCGGUACUCGGAGCUGUACGGCGCCGGCGUGCUCAGCCGGCUGUCCUUCUCGUGGCUGAACCCGCUGCUCCGCCUCGGCCGCUCCAAGGCGCUCGACCUCGCCGACGUCCCGCUCAUCGCCUCCGAGGACGGCGCGGCGCGCGCGUCGGAGAGGUUCGCCGAGGCAUGGAGCCUCCACGGCCAUGGCAAGGACGGCGGCGGUGGCGGCCGCCUCGUCGGCGUGCUGCUCAGGUGCUUCCUCGGGGAGAUCAUGCUCACCGGCUUCUACGCGCUCGUCAAGACGCUGGCCAUCGCCGUGUCGUGGUACAGCAGCCACAAGGCAGAGGAGGAGGAGCGCCGGGACCUCGCCGCCGCCGGCGCAUCGGCGGCGGUGGCGCUGGUCGGCUCGCUGCUGGCGAUCAAGCUCGCCGAGUCGCUGUCGCAGCGGCACUGGUUCUUCAGCUCGCGGCGGACGGGGAUGCGCGUCCGGUCGGCGCUGAUGGCGGCCGUGUUCCGGAAGCAGCUCCGGCUGUCGGCGCGCGCGCGGCGGCGCCACUCCGCCGGCGAGGUCGUCGGCUACGUCGCCGUCGACGCGUACCGCCUCGGCGACGCCGUCAGCUGGCUCCACACGUCGUGGAGCUCGCCGCUGCAGCUCGCCCUCGCCGUCGCCACCCUCCUCUGGGCGCUCCGCCUCGGCGCGCUCCCGGGCCUCGUGCCCCUCGUCGCCUUCGGCUUCCUCAACGUGCCGUUCGCCAGGGCCCUCCAGGGCUACCAGUCCAGGUUCAUGGCGGCGCAGGACGGCCGGCUCCGGUCGACGUCGGAGGCCCUCGCCGGCAUGAGGGCCAUCAAGCUCCAGUCAUGGGAGGGCGCGUUCCGGCGAGCCGUCGAGUCGCGCCUCGGCGGCGAGUUCGCGUGGCUGAGGGAGGCGCAGCUGAAGAAGGCCUACGGCGCCGUGCUCUACUGGGCGGCGCCCACCGUGGUGUCCGCCGUCAUGUUCGCCGCCACGGCCGCCGCCGGCAGCGCGCCGCUCGACGCCGGCACGGUGUUCACCGCGCUCGCCGCGCUCAGGGCCAUGUCGGAGCCGGUGAGGAUGCUGCCGGAGGCCAUGACGAUGAUGAUCCAGUACAAGGUGUCGCUGGAACGCAUCGGGAGGUUCCUCGCCGAGGAGGAGAUCAAACAGGACGACGUGACGAGAGCGGCGACGACGACGACGACGACGAAGAAUUCGGAUGCGGGAAUCAUCCAUGUCCAGGAUGGAAGCUUCAGCUGGAGUGGGAGUGAAGCUGAGCUGACACUGAAGAAUGCUCACCUCAGCAUUCGCAGAGGGGAGAAGGUGGCAGUUUGUGGCCCGGUUGGCUCAGGGAAAUCUUCACUCCUCUGUGCAUUGCUUGGGGAGAUACCUAGAACAUCAGGAAUGGUGGAGUUGUAUGGCACAGUGGCGUAUGUUUCCCAGAACUCAUGGAUGAGUGGCACUGUUCGCGACAACAUCCUCUUCGGGAAGCCCUUCGAGAACUUCGACCAUGGAGACCUGACAGAGAUCGGCCAGAGAGGAAUCAACAUGAGCGGUGGUCAGAAGCAGAGGAUUCAGCUGGCCAGAGCCGUGUACAGUGAUGCAGAUGUGUACCUCCUAGAUGAUCCUUUCAGCGCGGUCGAUGCGCACACCGCUGCGGUUCUGUUCUAUGUAAGAGUGGCAAUGUUCUUGCUGGAUUGUGUAAUGACAGCACUUUCAGAGAAGACUGUAGUUCUUGUGACUCACCAGGUUGAAUUUCUCACCGAGACUGAUCGGAUUCUGGUAAUGGAAGAUGGUUAUGUCAAACAACAAGGUGUUUACGCAGAGCUAAUGGAAUCCGGGACAGCAUUUGAGAAGCUUGUCUCAGCUCACAAGUCCUCAAUCACAGCAUUGGAUGAUUCCAGCCAGCAAAGCCAAGUCCAGGAGCAAAAUGUGACUGAUGAAAAUACAUCAGGACAACCUUCUGCAAAAUACAUCAGUGAUAUUGAUUCAAUCUCUGCAAAAGGCCAACCUUCUGCAACCCAGCUCACAGAAGAGGAAGAAAAGGAGAUUGGAGACCUUGGAUGGAAGCCAUAUAAGGACUACAUCAAUGUGUCCAAGGGAAUCACACAUCUCUGUGUGAUGGGUGUUACUCAGGUGCUCUUCACAUCCUUCCAGAUGAUGGCCACAUUCUGGCUGGCAGUGGCUGUCCAGAUGAACGUCAGUAGUGCUCUCCUGGUAGGGGCAUAUUCAGGGCUGUCCAUCUUGAGCUGCUGCUUUGCCUAUAUCAGAACCCUUUAUGCAGCUAAGUUGGGGCUCAAGGCCUCCAAAGCAUUCUUUACCGGCCUAAUGGAUUCUGUGUUCAAGGCCCCCAUGUCUUUCUUUGAUUCAACACCGGUUGGAAGAAUCUUGACAAGGGCAUCUUCAGAUUUAAGCAUCCUGGACUUUGACAUACCUUACUCCGUGGCUUAUGUCGUCGUUGGCGCUAGUGAGCUCAUCACAACAAUACUGGUUACAGGGGCUGUAACUUGGCAAGUUCUAAUUGUAGCAAUCCCAGUUACAAUUACUGUGGCAUAUGUUCAGAGGCACUACGUGGCCUCAGCAAGAGAUCUAGCAAGAAUCAAUGGAACAACAAAGGCACCAGUCAUGAACUAUGCGGCGGAAUCAAUUCUUGCUGUGGUGACCAUCAGGUCUUUUGGGGAAACAGACAGGUUCAUCCGCAAUAACCUACUUCUUAUCGAUACCGACGCGACAUUGUUCUUCCACACAGUUGCGGCGCAAGAGUGGGUUCUCAUAAGAGUAGAAGCACUGCAGAGCCUGACACUACUAACAGCAGCACUGCUCCUUGUUUUGGCUCCUCCAGGAGCAGUCUCACCAGGCUUUGCGGGUCUCAGCCUCUCCUUUGCUUUGUCGCUGACAGCAGUUCAGGUUUUCCUGACAAAGUUCUACUCCUACAUGGAAAACUAUAUUAUUUCAGUUGAGAGAAUAAAGCAGUAUAUGCACCUUCCACCAGAGCCUCCAGCCAUUAUACCAGAGAAUAGGGCUCCAAGUUCAUGGCCACAGGAGGGACAAAUUGACCUGCAAGAUCUCAAGGUCAGAUACCGCCCAAACAUGCCUCUUGUCCUCAAAGGAAUCACUUGCACAUUUCCUGCUGGAAACAAAAUUGGGGUUGUAGGGAGAACGGGAAGUGGGAAAUCGACACUCAUCAGCUCAUUGUUCCGCCUCGUUGAUCCUGCGGGUGGGAGGAUACUCAUUGACAACUUGGAUAUCAGCUCUAUUGGUCUCAAGGAUCUAAGAACAAAACUGAGCAUUAUCCCCCAAGAACCUACACUUUUCAGAGGAACUGUGCGCAACAACUUGGAUCCUCUUGGUCUGCAUUCCGAUGAAGAGAUAUGGGAGGCCUUGGAGAAGUGUCAACUACAGACAGCCAUUCGCAGCACACCUGCUCUUCUUGAUACAGUAGUGAGUGAUGAUGGCAGUAACUGGAGUGUUGGGCAGCGGCAGCUCUUCUGUCUUGGCAGAGUUCUCCUCCGUAGGAACAAGAUUCUUGUGUUAGAUGAAGCAACGGCAUCCAUCGACUCCGCAACUGAUGCAAUCAUUCAGAGGGUCAUCAGGCAGCAAUUCUCAAGUUGCACUGUGGUAACUAUCGCUCACAGGGUUCCAACUGUAACAGACAGUGACAAGGUCAUGGUACUUUCAUAUGGGAAGCUUAUAGAAUAUGACACGCCCGCCAAGUUGUUGGAAGAUAAACAAACAGCCUUUGCUAAACUUGUGGCUGAAUAUUGGGCUAAUUCCAAGCGGAAUGCAACAUGAUUCUACCGUUCAUUGUCAGAGCACGAUAAAGAAGAUGAGUAAUUCAAUCAUGAAAUACUCCCUCCGUUUCACAAUAUAAGACCUUCUAGCAUUGCCUAUAUUCAGAUUCAUUAACAUCUAUAUGAAUAUGGGCAAUGCUAGAAAGCCUUACAUUGUGAAACAGAGGAAGUAGAAGACUGGUAGAAGGGCCUUAUCACACUCCUUUAGUGGUUUGUGGAAUUAGAAAGACAUCAACAAAAACAUUUUCUUGUCAGUGAGACAGAAUUUUGAUCCCAAGAUCGGUGCUUGAUGCCUUGCACAGUACAACAAUAUGCAAAUUCUUUGCACGUUAGUUAUUUCAGCAGAUGCGGGGGAGACGGAGAAUUCAAUUA